AUGACUUGUCUAAAAAGUAAAGUUAUCGUGUCUGCGUUUCCAAAGUCGACAAUUUCUUAUGCCGAGUUACAUGAUUCGACAUUAUCUCUACAAUGGACUUGCAAAAAGAGCAGACCUAUUAUUCGCAAAAUUUACGCUAUCCCUGACAAAUUUUAUGGAUUGGGAAUUGUCGUGAAGGGAGGCUCGAAAUCAAAUUUCCCGCUCAUCGUCACCCAAAUUUUCAAAAAUAGCGUCUUUGCAAAAAAAGGAGAACUACAAGUUGGUGAUGUGAUUCUUUCCGUAAAUGGAAACAAUAUCGAGGACAGCAUCCACAGUGAUGCCGUUUCCUGCAUUAAAGCUUGCAAAACAUUUGUGAUUAUUGAUGUGAUGAGCAUAAGAUAUUUGAACUGGGAAAAAAGAAAUCGCGCUUUCAACGUUUUGUUCUGGAAUUUAUCUCAAUUUCCAGUCGCGAAAAAUAAUGAAUUUUCAAUAUCUUUAUCUGGGUGCCGAGUGAUUGACCAUCACGACAACGUUUUGGUUAUUGAAAGUUCCCAAUCAAAAAAAAAUCUUACGAUAAAAUUUCCUUUUGCCAUAGUUUGUACGAAAUGGGUACAUGGAAUCAUUUUUGAGUCUUCGAAAACACAACUCUAUAAUAAAAUAUGUUCCAUCGAGUCUUCAAAAAACCAAUUAUCUCACAACUCUUCAAUAUAUAUUCUCACGUGGCUUUACAUGAAAGUGGCCACCCCCGCUGGAGUGGUUAAGAAACCUGUUUCUUUUGUGGUCACAGAUAAAAAUGUUUACGUUAACGACAACAUUCAUAAGAUUGAAGAUUUAUCAAAUGAGAUUACAAAUUGUAACUCUGUUAUCAAUUGCAGGUAUAUUCACAAUUACAAAUUCAGUUUAACAUCUAAACGGUCUAGCUCUUUGUGCAUUGUGAUGAAGCAAGCUUCAAUCUUGGGAAUAAAGCGCACCGAAUUACUAGCGAUCGAUGCGAAUGAGAAAAAACAAAUAAUUUCUGGUUUUAUAAAGGCGGUUACUGGGGCUAUAAAUAUGGAAUAUUCUUAUUGCUGGGGUAGAUUUAUUGGUUAUAUUCACGAAUAG